GUAUAAAUACGACUGAAAAAUGCCGCUUAACGUGUAGUUACAGACAAAACAGACAAAUAAUUAAACCCUUUCGAAAAGAAAGUUGUUCCAUAGCGAGAAAUUAGAAUGCGUACUCUACCGAUUUUAUGGCGUAUGGCCGAGGAUUUGAGACGUUUGGCUAUGCCUUCAUCACCGCUGUUCGACUAUCCUUGGAUCACAAACUACCGAUGGGUCCCCCCCGCAGCAAGUCAAUUAAAUCAUGUUAUGGAUAUGAAUUUUGAUAAAAUUGGUAAACAUGGCUAUCAAGUUUCUAUGAAUGUAUCAGAAUUCAAACCCGAACAGUUAACGGUUAAAGUAAUAGAUAAUAGUGUUAUUGUUGAGGGUAAAUCCGAGGAAAAUGACAACAAUAAUGGCUAUGUUUCGCGUCACUUUAUUCGUCGCUUUUCAUUACCGCAAGGAUAUGUGGCCGAUAAUGCGAUUUCCACACUAUCCUCGGAUGGUGUCUUAACAGUGAAUGUACCUAAGCCGCCCGAAAUUGAAGAGAAGGCUCGUGAAAUCCCAAUUCAGCGGACCGGAUCACCAACCGAGAAAGCUCAAGAAUCGGAGCAAGCGAAAAGAGACUCGGAGAAAAAAUAAAUGGAAAUUGAAAAAAGAAAGACAAAGAGAGAGAGAGAGAGAGUAAAAAAUAAAAAAUAAAUUAUUUAUAAUUACCUGCAUAUGUAGUUUCUAUUAACUUGCUAAUAUAGAAAGGGCUUUGUUAAUUUGCUCAAAAACAAACU